UAAUCAAAUUGGAUGUUAUAAUAUCUCGAUAGAAUCUCGUUUACAUCAUUGUCCGAUUAUGAUCAUCUAUACUCUAAAUUGUUAUUACAUGAAUGUGGAAAAACCAACUCACCAUACCACAGAAAAGGAAGAACACCAUAUUAGAAAAUCUCCCACUAAUUGCGACCUUCAACUUCUUCCUUUCUACCCAAAAAAACAAAGCUUCAAUACCAUAAACCAAUAAAUAAAGCUCAAAUUCACCAAACAUUUUCACUUUUUUAGAUAAUUUUCUCAAAAAUUUCAAAACCCUUUUCUCAAAAAAUGGAGGAACAAUCAUCAACCCUCCUAAAUCACACACCCACAAAUUAUUUAAGAAAUUAUCUCACUUCCACUUUCUCUCAUUUUCUUCCAUUAAACCAUCCUUGCAUCAAUGGCGGCUACUCUGAGCUUCGAAUUGAUGAUGAUUCCGAUGAUGGGUCAUCAUCUGAUCAACCUUACUGUAAACCCUUUGUUGUUCUUGAUGUAAUUUGGAAUUUGGGGUUUGUUUUGGUGUCUGCUUUUGUGUUACUUUGCACAAUUGCAGAGAAACCUUCUAGCCCUUUAAGGGUUUGGAUUGUUGGCUAUGCUCUACAAUGUUUAUUGCAUGUGGGGUUUGUUUAUUACGAGUUUCGCCGCCGUAAUCAUGGUGGUUUUGGCGGUGUUUCGGCGCCGGAAGGCCAUUUGCAGUCUCACAAUAGUAUUAUGAAGAGAUUGGAAUCACUGAACACAGUAGCAUCAUCCUUUUGGUGGGUUUUUGGAUUUUACUGGAUCGUGUCCGGAGGCCAAUCCCUUUUGCAGGAUUCUCCCCGUCUUUAUUGGUUAGCUGUAGUAUUCCUGGCACUCGAUGUGUUCUUUAUGAUAUUUUGCAUAGGAAUGGCCUGUAUAAUUUGCCUUGCUCUUUUUUGUUGUAUCCCAAUUGUGGCAAUUGCUUAUGCCAUGACGAUUAGAGAAGGAGCAUCUGAAGAUGAGAUCAGACUACUUCCAAAGUAUAGGUUCCAUCAGUCUUAUGCAUUAAAGAUGUCUGCCUCUGUGGAUUUGGGAAAUAUGAAUGCUGCUGACGAACUAGCCUUGCAAUUUGAAAAUUCUGAAUGCUGUAUAUGCUUAUCACGGUAUGUGGAAGGAGCAGAAUUAUGCACCCUUCCAUGCAACCACAAUUUCCAUUAUGGAUGCAUCAGCAGAUGGCUGCGGAUAAAUGCUACCUGUCCGCUUUGUAAAUUUAAUAUCAAGGCUAAAGGUGAUGCAUUGGUCUAAUAAGAAUAUGCUCUCUGAAGCUGUGAUUAUUAGCUCAGUCAGUUAACUGUUCUCCCCUCAAAAUGAAGAUCGAUAGUGAUGAAGCACUGCUGAUUUCUCACCGAUCUGCUGGCACUUGGUAGCUACUAAUAGAUCAUGUAGAAAGGCAAUAUGUAGAGAAAACUGUUUCCCCCGGCUUCUGUAAUCUUAACUGUUAAAUUAGUGUAAAUAAUCAAUUUUUAAUUUAGGUCUCUUUCUAACUCACCAUAUCAAUUUUCUUUGGUUUUCAAAUCUUGAAGCAAUAAUUGAUACAAUGCUGAAAAUAAUGUAGUACGACUCCGUGUCACAGAGUUGCUAUCUAAAACUACUGGGACGAGUUUUGCCUGUAAAGAAAAAGGCACGAGUCGCACGACUUUGUAACAUUGAAAGCAUGCUAGCUUUGCCUAACUAUACCCUUUCCACCUCUAGAUAAUUUUGACCAACUACUGGGACUAUGCUCUCCGGCUCUCCCUUCCACCCCAGGCUUUAAACCUGAAUUUGAAAAAAAUACACACUAAACUUUAAGUUAACGGAA